AUGAAGCUCUCGUUUUCUCUCGCCAACAAGUCCAAGGAGAAGCCAGUUGGCGUUGCGCCUUCUCUUAAACGCUCCGCUGCUUUUGCAUCCAUUGACGAUGAUGCCACUGAAGAUGCCCCACACACGACCAGCAGUACCUCUAAGGGGGUUACAAAUCGACGACUGAUAGCUCAAAAUGUCGAAAUGUCAAAAACCGCGAAGAAGCGCAUGGAGGCGGAGAAGCAAGUGGAUUCUACUGUGUUCGAAUACGAUGAAGUAUGGGACCAUAUGCAGGAGUCAAAGCUUCGACAGAAGGAGGUCAAAGAGCAAGAAUCGAAGGAGAGGAAGCCUAAAUAUAUCAGCAACUUGCUUAACUCUGCGGAAACUAGACGCCUUGAUCAUCUACGAGCUGAAGAGAAGAUGAUUCAACGUGAACGAGAGGCGGAGGGUGAUGAAUUCAUGGAUAAAGAGGCAUUCGUUACACAGGCUUACAAGGAUCAGAUGGCUGAGGUUAGACGAGCAGAGGAGGAGGAGAAGCAACGCGAAGGCAUGCCAUUGGAGAAGAAGAAAGGCUCAUCUUCAGGGAUGGCACAUUUCUAUCGCAAGAUGCUUGAGGAAUCGGAACAAAAGCAUGAGGAGACAGUCGCUGCCACCCUUCAGGCGCAGAAGAAGAAGAUUCAGGGUCCACAGGGCCCUGCUCCAAACCUCACCAUUACAAAGCCUAUUAACUUCAUUCCACAAUCAGACCUGGAGCUCGCGCGCCUUGCCAAGGCCCAAGGGAAGGACGUGGAGCUCAACGAUGAUAACCAGAUUGUGGAUAAGCGCGACCUUCUUUCCGCCGGUCUCAACUUAUCUGCUCCCAACACGCGACUACUGGGAUUGCGGACAUCAGUCAAAAAGGUCGAUACCGAGAAGGUCGAGGUCCACCGAGCUGCUGGGACAGCUGCCAGUAGACAGGAGAUCAAUCAACGCCGGAAAAAGGAAAUAUUUGCCCAGAUGGAGGAUGAGCAACAUCGUAUCCUGAAGGAGAAACAGCAGCGAGAGGAGGAAGCUGCGGCGCGGCUCAUAGCCAGGCGUAACGAUGACGAGGCAAUUCAAAGCGCUGUCGAGCGGUACCGACAACGAAAACGUCAGAAAUUAGAGCAGGCGGCAUCUGAAGGUGUCUCGUAG